GGUGCCUGAAAUAGUAUGGCAGAAGCUUCAUCUCGAAAUGGGCAGUGCUAAAGAGCCAGAGACGCUGCAGUUAUUGAACCAAGAAGCAGUUCCAGAAGAUGCUGCCCAGCCCAGCCCCAGCUCACCUUGCAGUCAGGAGAAAGACAGCUGCCUCCAAAACAUCAGAUGUGACAGAGAUCUCACCAUGAGGAACUGCUGUGUGAAUGAUCUUGGUACUAACGUCGGCAGCCAAGACGACACCAUGGUGGACAACCCAAACCAGAAGGAGAAGGCGCCUACUGUAGAAGCAAAGCCUUCUAUGGAACUAGCUGCUGCCACAGAUAUUGUGGUACUAAAAGAUGCAGGUACUGGAGGGACCACAUUGGAAGGGGAAGGAGAAAUAGCAGCCCAUCAUGAUUUGCGGCACAACAGCAAGCAGGGCAUGAGCUUGAAGGAUCUUCCCAGUACCUGCAACCCUCUGGAAAGUAAAGCCAGCCCUGUUGCUGGAGAAGCAACAUGUAGUCAUCUCCCGGCAGAGCCUUGCCUAAAGGGAGCCAAUAAGGAUCCAUCCAGUGCACCAGCCUCCCUGAAACAUGUUGCUUUUCUUGAACCAACCAAAAAAAAAGUUGAGUCAGAGAGCAUCAGAGCAGGAACAGUACAUUCCAAGGCUGGUCUAACACUUCCAUCGUGCCUGCAAAACGUAAGCCAAGGACAGCUGGAUGCCUCUAAGGGAGAUACGUCACACUUUGGCAGUGAUGUCUGUGAAGCAGGGAACCUCUUGAGUGAAGGGUGUGGAGAUCUCCUUGCAUCAGCAGCUACCAAGGCAUCUAUUCACGUGGGAGCUAAAGCCACGCCAGGGAAGUCGGGCAGACUGGUUACAGAAAUGGACCAGUUGGGUCAUAGCGGGGAAGCGAGGUUCCCUGCUCUGGAAACUAACAUGGGUGGGGGCUCCAAUAUAGUGCCAGGAAUCCUUGCUGCUACUGUUCCUCAUGAAGUCAAACACCAGGGGGUAUCAGGUGAGUCACAGACAACUCCAGGUGAAGUCGCCAACGAGACAGCAGCGCUCAGAGAAGCAACACCCUCCAGUCUCAAGGAUCAAAACAGAGCUCAGGAACAACAAAAACCAGGAGCAGCCAGCACAGCUAUGAAUGAGGAGUGCAUACUGGAUGUCAAGAUGAGGUCUGGGGAACUUGUUGCCAAGACCUGCUCCUUUGAGGUCACUCCUCCCCAGCAAGAUGCUGGGACUCAAGCUGACAAUCGUGUGUCUUUGGUGUCAGUGGCCGUCAGCCCCAUCAACCCACCUGAUGGUUCUGCAGCCUUCACUUUCCAUGCCAGAGGCUUGGGGGCCUCCUCUCUGAAAAGCCCUGGCCCAGAGCAGAAACCAGCUAAGAAAGAUGUGGAAAUGCAAGUGUCCAUCCCAGUGGAGACCAGGUCAGUGGCCACUGGCCCCAUGACUCCUGUGACCAAAUCCCCACAAGCAUCCUAUCCUGAGGUGCACGUUAAAGGGGCCCAAGAAGAGACACCAGAGCCUGUGAGGGAAGUCAGUUGGGAUGAGAAGGGGAUGACAUGGGAAGUGUACGGUGCCUCCAUGGAGGUGGAGGUGCUGGGCAUGGCCAUCCAAAAGCACCUGGAGAAGCAGAUUGAAGAGCAUGGCCGGCAAAUGGUGAUGACUCCUCAGAGCACCCGUGCCAGCUCCAUCAAGGGGGCUCCCCACAAGGGUGAGAUCAAGAGGCAGCCUAGUGUGUUCAGGGCACUCCUACAGAACAUGCGACGGCCUCGCUGCUGCUCCCGAGGAGGCCCAGCUGUGGAGUGA